UAUAUAUAUAUAGACUCACAAGGACUAUUGAGUACUUGUGUAAUAUUUUAGUUUGUGGUGGUGUAAGUUAAUGUCUAGGAAGAGUAGCAAUGUUGUGGCAAAAAAGGGAAACAUGGUUUAUGUUUCUAGCAGUACUGAUAUUGAUCUCCUCAGCAUUUUGUCUUGUAGUUCCUAAGGGUAAAUUGGUUCAAACUGGAAGACUUAUCAUUGGCUCUAGCAGAAUUACAAACGAAACCAAGAAUGGCAUCGUUAAGAAAGUGCAUGACGAAUAUGCUGGAGACACCAACGGAUACCAAUCUGAUCAGCCAGAGUUAACAGAAGGGUCCCAACUGUCAACCUUAAUGCUCAGGCGAUGGAGUCCCUCAGUGCAGUGUGAUGAUGAUUCUAUGUCCUUGCAUAUCCAGGGAAGUCGAGUACCCAACUUCUUGGUUGAGACAAGUGAGGAGGGCCUAGUACCACUAUCACAAAUGCCAUCCCACUGUGGCUUUUCGUUGAGGAGGGCCCACAGAGAGGUUGCACUCAUUGCCAAGUAUGCUGGCUGUAACGUUGCACAGCAGGGGAAUAGCUACAUCCUGCCGUUAUGGGUUUCUGGAGUUGCUGUGAAGAUGGUCUGUCCUGUGGCUUGUCCUCUCACUGUCUCCUGUAGCCCUUCAGCUAUGGUUGUCAAUCUUGGUGUGUCUACAGCUGCUCUCAGGCUGAAGGUGAAUGGUGUGUGGCAACCUGUGUACCAAGCUUCCACCUGUGGCUUUACCUUGGAAGUUGUGGGAGGUGGACUGACCCUAACUGCACCAUAUGCAAGCAACUGUUGGCAACUUGAGGGUGCCAAGAUGCUUUUGUCUGUGCAAUACAUGGAUAGGGAGUUGACCUUGUCCUGCCCAGCUGUUCAGCCCCCAGCUACUACUCCUUUACCUGCUCACAUGGAUCCAGAAGCUUCCACAGAUGCCCCCGUGACUACCUUGGCUACGACGGUUGCACCAGCUAGUGCUUAUCAGCUGCCUUUCUAUCCUUGGUUACGUGGACUGUAUCCUUAUGGUUAUGGAAUGCCAUGGAAUUUCCAAAAUGGUCAUCUGGGAACUCCCCCAGUUACCCACACCACUACGACUACUCCAGCUGCUGCUACGACUACUCCAGCUGCCACAGUUUCACCAACUAGUGGUCAGCUGCCUUUGUAUCCUUGGUUAUCUGGAAUGUAUUAUCCUGGUGGUUAUGGAAUGCCAUGGAAUUUCCCAUAUAGCCAUCCUGGAACUCCCCCAGUUACCCAGACCACUACUAUGAGUACUCCAGCUACUACAAUGACUCCAGCUGCCACAGUUGUACCAGCUAGAGCUGAUCAGCUGCCUUUGUAUCCUUGGUUACCUGGAAUGUAUUAUCUGAGUGGUUCUGGUAUUCCAUGGCAUUUCCAAUAUAGCCAGCCUGGAAGUACCCCAGUUACCCAGACCACCACAACCACUCCAGUUGCUACAUCUACCACAGUUGCACCAGCCAGUGCUGAUCAGCCACUCUGGUAUCCUUGGUUACCUGGAAUGUAUAAACCUUAUGUCCCUAUGGGUUCACCUGGUGGUCCAGUGUCUGACCCUAACAGUGGGGUUAAACAGCAGAUGUACCAAAUGCCCUGGAUGAAUGCCUUUCCCCAAGUACUUGGCUUGAAAUCAAACACCAGGCUCUCCAGUGGUUAACCUACCCAAAUUUGUCAGAUCCUGCUCACUUUUCUCCACUACAGGUCAAAGCACAUGCAGGAAAAUGAGCAACACUAUACUGUCAUUAUCAAAUGGAGGUGGUGAUGGAUCAAUAAAAACAAAAAUUCAAAAUGG